AUGUCGACCGCGGAUGAUCUCCUUCGCGAUCUUGAAUCCGACAAUGACGACAAUGAUGACAAUGCCAUGAUGGCCGAAGAAUCGGACCACGAUCAGCAAAUGGAAGACGAAGACAAAGCAAACACCGAACCCAAUCAGGUGAACGAAUUUGAACGAUCUCAACAGAUCGACCAAGAGAUUGUUGGACUACACAAAGUUAUUCGCGAUUUGUAUGCUAUCCGAUUCCCCGAACUUGACGAACUAGUCACCGACCCUGUCAAAUUCGCCCAGAGCAUCGCUAUCUUCAAAAACAAUCCUUUCGACAAAUCCCACUCGUCUGCAGACAACCUUGUUGGCAAACCUCUCAAUGUUAUCCUGGAUGGCUCAACAUUGUUGGCCGUCUCGCUUGCGGCUGCCGGAACUGGUGGCGUUCCACUGAGCGAGUCCGAGCUAGAGAGAGUGAUGGAGUCAUGCGUGAAAGUUAUCGAGCUUGACAAGGAACGCACUGUUCUAACGGAGAAUCUCACAUCUCGUGUGAACAGCGAAGCUCCCAACAUGGCAGCUUUGAUCGGAAUCUACACCACGGCACUGUUUCUUAACAACGCCGGUGGACUGGAGACACUUUUCAAGAUGCCAGCCUGCAACUUAGCCGCGGUUGGUGCACACAGACAGGAUUCACUGGGUCUUGCGAACAUUGGUAUUCGUGCGAAGGGAUUUCUGCACAAUUCUCCCAUCAUCCAGGAAGCCCAUAAAGACUACAAGAAGCAGGCAUUGCGAGUUACAGCAAACAAGUUGUCUAUGUGCAUCAGAAUGGACCACAUGAAGAUGUACACAGAUGGAUCGCAGGGUCGAGAGCUUUACGAACAAUGCAUCGAACACCUUGCGAAAUUAGCUGAGCCCAAUCCUAAUUCUCUGGGCCGCGCUCUCAAGGCGCCUCUAGAAAAGACAAGUAAGAAGCGCGGUGGUCGCCGUGCACGUCACGACAAGGAUGCUUAUGCCACGACCGAGCUGUCCAAGCAACAGAACAGAAUGGCUUUCGGCGAGGACGAGGAACCCGAAAUUGCAGCGGGUUCUGGUACUAUUGGUCUUGGUAUGAUGGGCAAAGAUAAAAGUGGAAAGAUCCGUAAGGCGGCAAUCGACCAACGUACCCGUGCCAAAUUGAGCAAGAACAACGCGGGCUUUGCUGUUGAGCCCAAUAACCAGGCGCUCAACAUUUUCUCUAUGGACCAUACGGAGCGCCUAGGUGCUAGACCUGCAAUGGACUUUACAAAGGGUGUUGAGUUGACCGCACCCAAGACUGAGGAGCGCAAGCUCCAGCAGUCAAUCCAGUCUGCUUCAAAUAAGAAGAAGCGCCAGGCUGAUCAAGACGGUUAUUUUGACUACAAUGAUACCAAGGGUAAGCCUGAUUCGGCUACAGAAUAG